GGAAAGGAAAAGCGUACGAGAGAAAGUCUUUCGGAUGGAAAGCUCGUAUGUCCUGAUACACAAUGGUCGCUGUAUCUGUCAAGAUCUGAGUGUGGGACAAGUCCCCACUGACUCCUUUGCAGUCUUGGUGUCAGAAACGCUCCUUGGUCUGAAGAUCCGAGACUGAGAGUGGUGUCCCAAUACUUUAGCGUUAUCUUUGGGGGAUGGUCACACCAUGAAACGUUAUGGAUUGCCCUUGAUUAUGUUAAUAGUGCUCCUCACAACUCUUCGAGUCUGAUCUGAUCACCCCUUGCACCCCAAUUGGCAGCCAUGGCUCCUCCUCACACCAUCUCCAAACGAGAAGCCAAAGAAGGUGGCCUCAUGAAGCUGGAACAUGCCAUCGAAGAUGACAUGGCCAAGAUUGCCACCCAGACCGGGAUGAAGACAUGGCAAGUGUUCGUCAUCUUCUUGGUCGUUUUCCUCGGGGUCGCGGUUUUGGUGGGUUGGUGUGCUUGGCGAUUCUUCCGCAAGCGAAGAAAGCCCAAGGACGAGGAGAAAAAGGCUGGCAAGAAGGACGAUGAGGAUGUCCUGGUGGAAAACGAGGAAGACGAGGCCAAGGAGGGUGCUGAACUCACGGGCAAGAAGCAUGAAAUCGAGUAUUUGGGCAAGAUCCAAUACGAGCUCAAGUACGACUUUAACACUCAAACACUCGUGGUGAAGGUCAUCCAAGGCACUGAGCUCCCAGCUAUGGAUAUGGGUGGUGUGAGCGAUCCCUACGUCAAAGUCUACUUGAUCCCUGAGAGCAAAGGCCAAAAGAGGUUCGAGACUAAAGUCCAUAGGAAGACACUGAAUCCGUUUUUCAACCAAUCGUUCGAGUUUAAGAACCUGCCUUAUGCCGAGACCUUUGACAAGACCCUGAUCUUCUCCGUUUUUGACUACGAUAGAUUCUCGAAACACGAUCAAAUUGGAGAGGUGAAAAUUCCCUUGUGCCAAGUCGAUCUGGCCCAAACCAUCAACGAAUGGAAAGACAUUCAAUCCCACAAAGAAGAUGACGAGUAUUUCGGGGACGUGUGCUUCUCUCUUCGUUAUGUGCCAACUUCCGGGAAACUCACGGUGGGAAUUUUGGAAUGUCGACGACUCAAAAAGAUGGACAUCACCGGAGCGUCAGAUCCGUAUGUGAAAAUUAAGCUGUUGGAUUCCAAAGGAAAACGGAUCGGAAAGAAAAAGAAGACAACGGUCAAAAAUGCCAACUUAAACCCAUAUUACAAUGAGUCAUUUGUGUUCAUGGUGGAGCAAAGUAUGCUCAGGAAAGUCAAUUUGGAGAUUACUGUGCUUGAUUAUGACCGCAUUGGUGGAUCGGAUGCCAUUGGAAGGGUGUUGCUGGGUUACAAUCGCAAAAAACUGGAGAAGAAACAUUGGGUGGAGAUGGUGGACAACCCUCGGAGACCCGUUAUUCAUUGGCACGUCCUUCAGGAUCCGGAACCUGGUGAAGAAGAGGAAGACGAGAAAAAGAAGAAAGACAAAGAUGGGAAGAAGAAAGACGGAAAAGACGCCAAAGAUUCAAAGGACGUAAAGCCGGCGGAGGAUUCCAAGAAAGAGAAGGAAAAGGAUAAGAAAUAGGAGAGAUAGUCGGCAAAUGUGCCCAUACGUGUUUUAGCAGAUCCUCUGAAAAUCAGUCUCCACCGAUCAACGCCCACGGCAAACUCAAUUAUGGCAUGAAUAGAACAAGAAUAAUGCUGAACCUUUUGAAUCGAUUCAUUCAUGUCCAUUGAUGCUGGGACGAAUUCCGGAGAUUGGCCGAACGAGAAUCACGACCAACUAGGUAGACUCAAGAUGAUUGCUUUUGCCAUCACUACCUUGAUAAAUCGUAAUUGAUCAUCGAUAGAAGAGCCCUUUCCAAGCAGAACACCCAAACACGUUAUUGUUACUAUGUUUAUCUGUAAACCCAAAACAAACAUCGCCUAAUCGUGACUUAAAAUAUAUAGACGCUCUCAAUUAGCCGGCAGGCAAAUGGGUCAAAACAUAACCAUGUAGCAUUUAUUAUUCUCCCUCAUUGAGGUCAAAACCAAAAAAUGAUUACAUACCAAAUGAACUCGAUGAAUGAGGCUUAUUGAAGAUUGUGUGGAAAGUGCUGCGUGAAGGAU